CAAGAAAUCCCGCGAAACAUUUUGUCUGACGCGCCAACAAUUCUUCCCUUACAUUAAUAGUAUCUGUAGACCAGACCUAAAUAUCACCGGCGACUAUUCACGCCCGACACCGUUCAGUUUCCUGUUGGCGAUUUCGUCUUCACCUCAACAUGGCCAACAAAGCCAGUGAAUGGUUCUUUGUCAUCGGAGUGAUUAUGUCAUUGUGGAGCGCUUUCCUCUUUGACCACGACAAUGUCAUCUUCUCCAAACAAGUGCGCAACGUGGCCCUCAUGAUGCCUCUCUAUUUGAUUAUUUCCUUUGCUUGUGUGUCUCUAGGAAUCAUUGGAUACCAUGUGGCCACAUUCAAUGACUGCAUCAAUGCUGCCUCAGAACUGAAACAGCAACUGAAAGAAGCCAGAAAAGACCUGGAGAAAAGAGGAUUCAAGUUUGAACUGCAGUGAAGCCGGAGGGUGAUGGGUCUCUCCUCUCUUGUCCUGCACUUCACCUUUCACCCCUGGACACCUUAGACAUGUCCAACCAAACUCCAUGUCCAUCUGGCCAGAGCAAUGACCUUGUUGAUCCUUUCCUAAGCCAUCCGACGGUCGUCUCUUACAAAUGAAGAAGUUUCCUACAACUUUCUGAUGGGGGAUGGCCACCACCUCCACCAAAACCACAGAAAGAAGUACAGUUUUUGUUGUCUUUUUUUGUUCGUUUUUCAUUUAUUUUUCUUUAAAAAUGUCAAAAUUAUUUUCAUUCUUUUGGAAAAGUCCUUUGGGUGGUGGGUAGUGUAGUAAAGGGGGUGGAAACACAUAAAAGAAUAUACACAUGUGUGUGUGUAUACAUGUGUAUAUAUUUAUGUAUAUGAUGU